AUGGCCAACGAGGAGUAUGUGACAGAUUCCAGUUCCGAUUUCACAGAGUACUGGAUUGACUCAUUUUUGGGUAUAAAAGGUAAUGAGUACUUUUGCGACAUAGACGAUGAAUAUAUACGUGAUCGCUUCAAUCUUACAGGGUUGAAUCAGGAAGUAUCAAAACUUCCAACGCUAAUAGAUAUAAUAACUGAUGUUAUUGAUAUUGACUCCCAACCAGAAGAACAUCGAGAAGCUUUGGAGCAUAAUGCAAGAAUAUUAUAUGGUUUAAUUCAUGCAAGGUAUAUAUUGACGACAAGAGGUUUGAAUAAAAUGUUUGAAAAGUUUCGUAAUGGAGAUUUUGGCUAUUGUCCAAGGGUUCAUUGUCAACUAAAUCCUCUAUUACCAAUAGGUUUGAAUGACCAGCCACGUAUGGCAAGUGUUAAGUUAUAUUGCUCCAAAUGUGAGGAUUUAUACAACCCGAAAUCGGGACGUCACUCCGUGAUCGAUGGUGCUUAUUUCGGUACUUCGUUUCCAGCUAUGUUUUUCCAGAAUUUCCCCAACAUGAUACCGAUACAUCCAAAGGAGACGUACGUGCCUCGAGUAUUUGGGUUUAAAUUGCAUGAAUACUCCAAAUUGAAUAGGUGGAGGGAGUUGCAAAGGUUGAAGUUGGAGAGAAGAUUGGCAAAGAGUGGUAUACAAAUAAGGAAUGUAGUCGGUGGCUUCCAUACCGACAGUAGUCAAACUGUACCUCGUAACGCGUGA